GCAAUAGGGCGGGACUGACUGCCUUGUAGGCUCUCUGACUGCUACAGUACAUGUGCCCAAAAGUCAUAGUGGAGUAUAGCGAAGCGGCCCGCCGCGCCGUGCCAAAGACAUUCACUGCCUGCUCGUUCAAAUUCCCACGCUUGCUGAAAUUUCUGACGUGCCCCCCCAGCCCAGCAGUUAUUUAUUCGUCCCAGGAACCUGGCGAGCCUGGCUCGAAACUAGCUUCACAGACGGCCCUUCACAGUGCAGGCUGAUAAAUCGAGGCCCUUCCUCCUGAGCCGACGACUUCGCGCGUCCUUCUCAAUUCCUCCACCUCGUCAGCCAGCCUCUGCUUUUUGCCAAAGUCGCUUGACCCUCUUUUGCCCACAGUGCAACCGCAGCCUGUGGCGCCAAAAAAAAAACCAAAAAAAAAAAAAAAAAGGCUCCCCCC